AUGAGCGCCCGCUUCCGCCAAUUCCUGCGCAUUGUCAACCCGCGCACCGUCGCCCGCAGCACAUUCGACGGCCUGGGCGUGUUUUGUGCUGUGAUCCUGACAUGGGAGCACAUCGUCACCAUUCAGGGCAGCGAGGGCCCCUCCAUGUACCCAACUUUCAACGUCCGUGGCGACGUCCUGCUGAUUUCGCGCUGGUACGAUCGCGGACGGGGUAUCAAGGUGGGCGAUAUUGUGCGAUUCAAUCACCCGAGUUUCGUCCAUGUUUACGGCGCAAAACGGGUUUUGGGCAUGCCAGGGGAUUUUGUUUGCAAGGAUCCCGGGUAUAGCACUGAUGUGGGAGCGGACAACGAGAUGAUUCAGGUCCCCCAAGGACAUAUCUAUGUGGCAGGCGAUAACCUGCCGUGGUCCAGAGACUCGAGAAACUACGGCCCCUUGCCCAUGGGCCUGGUCAAUGGCAAGGUCAUUGCGCGCGCGUGGCCGCCGUCCAGGAUACAAAUCGUCCACAACCCGUUUGAUUCGUCCCAAAUCGAAUAG